UACCGAAAAGCCGCGCGAAUCGUUGUCGAUUCCCGCCAUCCUUACACAGUUUGACUGCAGAGCUUUGCUUGAGGCGUCUCGUUCGAUGCAUCUGAAUUCCUUUCUUGGCAACAGCGUCGCGCUCCGCCAGAGAUGAGCCGUGCCGUGUGGUCGUGAGAGCUGUUGUCAGUACACAAUCAUCUCGCUCCCGUCACGCGCAUUGUAUAUUGAGGCGGAGGAGUGAGAGAGAGGUCGGAACAAAGAACACAACAUUCGCGGCACUGGCUCCGGGCAAUCCAAGGGACUCAAAAUCUAGCCAAGCCCGCCGAUCUUGUACGAUCGAGCAGUGAGCAAUGGCGGAAGACAACAAUAUUCCGCGACCUGGCUCACUUAAUGGACAUGAUCAACAGCGAGCGCCAGCCUCAGCUAAUAGCUCCGCUAAGCGCGCGCCGCCGAACAGUGCAAACAGCAACAAUGACUCAGACGAACGCCAGGCCAUCGAACGUGAACUUGCAGCAAAACUACGAGGCACAAGAGAUUACUUCAACAACCUGCCAACCUCAGAUUCAAAUGCCGCUCCGGUGAACGGAAACUAUGCGCCGACCAGUAGCGAUACACAGCCGCAAGCAGCAAAUUCAGAUCCGCAGUUCGUCGUCGCCAACAACAAUGGCGACGGGAAUGCUGGAGAUCAACAGCAAUCGCAGGUCUCCUUUGACGCAGGCCAGAACGCCGAGGAGCAAUCUCUGGAAGUCGACGAGCUAGAUACUGACUCUGCUCUUGGCAGUGACACAGAGAGUCAAACGGCAUCCUUGAGCGAAUCCAUUUACAAUUAUCGGAGAGAACACGGUCGGACUUACCACGCAUACAAAGAUGGCAAGUACAUCUUUCCCAACGACGAGCGAGAGGCGGACCGCUUGGAUUUGCAACACCACUUGUUGCGGAUAACGUACGCCAACAAGCUGUACUUCGCGCCUCUCCAGAAUCCCAAACGUUGUCUCGACGUCGGAACAGGAACCGGAAUCUGGGCAGUGGACUUCGCGGAUGAGUGGCCGGAAUGUCAGGUGAUUGGCAUAGAUCUCAGCCCAGGACAGCCCAAUGUGGUCCCACCCAACAUCAAAUUCAUAGUGGACGAUGCGGAAGACCAAUGGCUGUACGACGAGAAGUUCGACUUCAUCCACGCGCGCCUCAUGUCGGGAUGUUUCGCAGACUGGCCAGCUUUCAUUCGUCAAGCGUAUGACAAUCUGGAACCAGGCGGCUGGCUGGAGCUGCAAGAUUAUGGCCUGCCGGUGAGGUCGGCGGACGGAACACAUCUCGAUACCCACAUGCUGCGCUGGGGCGAGUUACUCCUCGAAGCGGGUCGAAAAAUGGGAAGACCACUGGGUUCAGAUGUCAGCGAGCAUUUCGAAACGUGGCUAGAGCAAGCUGGGUUCGUCGACAUUCAGCACAAAAUGUUCAUGUGGCCGACAUCUAGCUGGCCUAAGGACCCAUUCAUGAAAGAGUUGGGCAGGUGGACGCAAGUAAAUAUUAUUGAUGGACUCGAAGCCUUCUGUUUGGCCUUGUUGACGAGAGGACUUGGGUGGCAAAAGGAGGAGGUCGACGUGUUUGUUGCGAGGAUUUCGAACGACUUUCGGAACAAGAAGAUUCACGCAUAUUUUCCGAUGCCAGUGGUAUGGGCAAGGAAGCCUUUUCCGGGAGAGAUGGCGUUCCAUUGAGGUAUGGCCAGCGGCUUGUUCAGUUCUAUACAUUCAUCAGCAAUGGCGAAUGUGAUGCUGUCCCUGUUCUCAGCAGUUAGUCAUAUAUCUUCGAGUGGCGAAAACUCUGCUGGUCAGUAAUAACAUCGACAGUCUACAAAUGUUGUUGGGCC